AUGUACCUCUCCUCCGGCUAUACGAUAUUCGUUUUCCUGAACGCAACGGCGUUGCAAGAGGAAGAAUUCCCGGCCUGGGUCUAUUUUUGCUACGCUUUUAACACGAUACUGCUGACCGUCGCGUUAUUUACGUUCCCGAUAGCUUGUUACACGUUGAGGAGCGUUAUGAUGAUCCACCAAAACCUCCUGAUCCUAUUCGGCGCCUCUAUCAUCGGGAUCUACGUUUAUUACGUGGCGUACAUUAUCAUAAUUCUGUACGGCUUCCAACUCAUCCCCGGCUAUGAAUUUGGUUCCAACGAUCUGCCCCCACCUCUAAUUGCCGCCUCGUAUUCGCGGAUAUUUGUGGUCAUCUGUUUUGGUGGAGCCCUCUUCACCAUGCCAGCCGAACGCUUCCUGGCCUCGUACUGGAUGGAUCGCUACGAGGAGAAACGCUGGACGCUGAUCCCAGUUUUACUGAUUCUUAUUCAAUUCGUCAGUGCAGCGAUUGGGGCGGCUGUUUUGACAUUUAAUCUAAUCCCAAUCACCCUAACCGCCUGCCUGGUGGUGCCGAUUAUAUUUUCUGUGGCUUUGCUAGACCAAUGGGUCCUCAGCUGGAAUCGAAAUGCGGAGAAGCAGAUGCAAGAAAAUCGGCAUUACACCUAUACUUUAUCAAGGAGAUAUCAGGUCCAAGAAAAUAUUGUGAUGCUUAAGGUACUUCGGCGUUGCAUCUGGUGGAUAGUCGUCCAAAACUCCGGGAUGACCGCGUUAUUCAUCGCUUUUUUGGAGUUGACGACCUCGCCGCAGAUUCGGAACGUCAUCGGAACGCUGCUAGAAGUUUACACAGCUCUAUGCAUUUCUUCAACCACGAUCGUGGUCUUCCUGGCCGAUCGGAUUUGGUGGCAGGCUUAUAAGAAGAGCUGGAGGCGGAUUUGGGGCAGAAUAUGUGGGACCCCGGAAGUUGAGGUGGAGGAGAGCAGAGAAGCAUCGACCACCACCGGGAAGGACAUCUUCCUCGUGUACUCGACCAGCGAAUACUUCCAGCAUCUACGGGAUCAUUGGGAAGCCGGUGCUCCAAAAUUGGAGGACGACUCGAGGAAGAGCAGCAUAUUCCUCAAAACCAAGCAUCGAAUAAAUUCUGUUUAUUUUCUGAAAAGUGCCGCUGAUCCUCAAUGUCCGGCGGGACUUUAUUAUGAUACCUUUGGUGCUUGUCUAAUGCUGAAUCAGGAUCUCGACACCUUCACGAAAGCGCAGGACGUUUGUACGAAGGUGUAUCAUGGACAGCUAGCCUCCAUCCAUAAUGCUUACCAGAAUGCCAUACUUUCUUCUAUGGCCAGGAAUUAUAACGUCGCCGGCUAUGUGAUUAUUGGGCUUGUGGAAAAAUCAGACAAAACCUGGUGCUGGACGGACAACUCGACGAUCGAAUUCUUGAAAUGGGGGAAGGCAGAACCAUACGAUUGUGACGGUUGUGGCCAGGCGUAUCUGUCGGCGGACGAUGGAAAUUGGUACAGCAUGGAUGGGGAUGAGCACCAUUUACCCUCAUUUUGCCUUGUGCCGGCCCUGAAUACGACAGGAGCGCCUCCUACCCUGUGCACUGGAACCUGGGGUGACUGGUACGACACGUCCUACUGUAGCGAGACAUGCGGAGGAUGUGGGUGGAAGACACAGCAAAGGGAAUGUCAACCGGAUAUAUGCCUAUGCGAUGGUCCCGCCACGCAGAUCGCGGCCUGCCCGGAGAUGAUCUGCGAAUUCCCCGAAAAUGCCUGCUGCCCAUUCCAUCAGAAAUUCCUCAAUAGGACCGAUAAGCACUACGAAUGCGCUUGGGAUCAGGAGCCCGUGAUGACUACUGUGGCGCCUCCCUGCCACGGCGCCUGGUCCGGGUGGAAGUCGAUGAACAACUGCACGGACACGUGCGGUAUGUGCGGAUGGGAGAGAAUGGAGCGAGCGUGUGAGCCGGCGGGAUGUCAGUGCGUUGGUUCUCCCUAUGAGCUGCAACCCUGUGCUGAAGCUCCCUGUACGGAUGGCCGGGGUCCAUGCUGUCAUGGCUACGCGGAACAACCAAAUCCCAGUCAGCCUGGAUAUUACUGUGCAAAAGUGGAUGAUGAUAAUGAUGGAGCUGAAGCCCAAGUAUUGCAA